CUUCUCACAGUGGACCAAACCACCGAUAUUGUUCUCUACUCAGCUGACAAAUACACCAAGACUGUUCUUUGCCAAGAGUUUGGAGAGACAGUGGAUGCCACCAGCACCUUGGAUAAAACUCUGAACAUCAAACCACUUCUGGUCGACAACAAGGAGAAAAGAGGUCUGGCGUUGGAUGGACGGCUGAAGGAUGAGGACACAAACCUGGCCUCCACCACUAUGCUGCGGCAGGGUGUGGAAAAAGAGGUGUUGGGUAUCCUGGUUUCCUACAAGAUUAAAAUUAACCUCAUGGUGGCUGGAGGAGGCCUGCUGGGCGGUCUUACUGCCAGCGACGUCACAGUGGAGCUUCCACUGAACCUCAUGCACCCCAARCCUGAAGAGUAAAGGAUCAGCAUCGCUAGAAGAUGUUACACUGCAGAUUGAGAAGACACCCACAGAAAGACAACAAGACAACCAAAGCAAGUAACAUGACACACAGAAGAAGAAGAUUKUGGCUGGUGUCAGGAAGUGAAGAGAAAAACAUUUCAAUGCAGGACAGAAGGAAAUAAGAUGUAACAUCAAUCCCCUGUUAGAUCUUUUGUUGUUCCUGUUCACGUAGAGAGAGCAUUGCCAUGUAGCUGUAGAGAAUGUUGGUGUUUAAAACAAAAAUAAUGCACAAGACCUUUACUUAAACCCUCACAUAAGUGGAAUUUUCUUUCUCCCAUAAAAUGUCAGUUUGAAGCCCAUAAAACCACUGUGCUUUUGAACUCUGUGAUAUACUGUACUUACCCAUACAGAAAAAUAAAUGACUUGGAAAGAAA